CACCAAACGAAAUGAAAUGCAAUUUCCAAAAUUUGUCAAUGGUUGGAUGUGUACAUAUCAACUUAGACAUUGAAUAUUUUUACUAAAUGCUGUGAUCAAUUCAUGAUGCCUGCCCAGGAAGAUGUCUCCAAAAGCCCGAAUCUUCGCAAGCGAAAGCAGAGCCAAUCCAAUGCUGCGAAUGAAAGCAAUUCCAAAAACACAAUGCCCUACACUGAAGAACAGUUAGAAGCCGUAGAAAGGGUAAGGAAAUGUAAAGAUUAUUAUGAAAUAUUAAGUGUGAGUAAGGAUGCUGGUGAAUCUGAGCUUCGUAAGCAAUACAAAAAAUUGGCACUUCAAUUCCAUCCUGACAAGAAUAAAGCCCCUGGUGCUGUGGAAGCUUUUAAAGCUAUUGGGAAUGCAUUUGCUGUUCUGAAUGAUCCAGUGAAACGCAAAAGAUAUGAUGAAUAUGGUUUAGAAGCUAUGCAGCAAUCUGAGAGUUAUCCUCAGGAAGGAUAUUAUGCCUACAGCCACAGAUUUGAAGGUGAUGUUACACCUGAAGAAGUGUACAAUAUGUUCUUUCAUGGACAUACUUUUGUCAGACGAGGAAGCCAAUGGCAAAGAUAUCAAACUAGGGCUUCUAAUGUUUAUCAGCAAGACAGUCGAAGCGCUCUUAUGCAGAUAUUGCCUCUUCUGUUUAUCAUAUCCGUAUCUUUACUUGGCUCUUUUUUCGUUUCUGAUCCACCGUACAACCUGCAAAGAACUUCAAAAUAUGCUUAUGAACAGAAAACAAGUAAUUUAGAUGUCCCGUACUAUGUUCAAGAAAAUUUUCUGAAAGAAUAUAAAAGUAGAAUAUCUCACAUAGAAAGACAAGUGGAAGAAGAUUACAUAAUAAAUACUCGUACUUCUUGCUUUAGAGAAAGAAAUUAUAAAGAAAAUAUGAUUUGGAGAGCAAAGCAUUUUAAAGACCUCAGUUUAGAAGCAAAAGCUCGUGAACUGAGAACACCUUCUUGUGACAUUUUAAACCAGUUGUACAGAACUGUAAAUCAAUUAUAAGAAAGUAUAUAUAUAAUUUAACUUAUUGAAGUUCUGGAAAUGCAUUGUAUAUGUGUGUUUUGAUUUUCUCCUUGUUUUUGAAAAACCUAAAGUUUUGCAAUGAGCAA